GUCAUUCAGCAGCAUCUGAACACGACAUUAUACCGGACGCGCCCAGAGGACAUCUCCGUUUAUCUUCUACACUAAUAGUAGUAGUACAAAUUGUAGGGUUUAUAAGUACAGUGUUUAUAUUUAUUAUUAAUUUACUCAUAUUUAUUGGUUAUAUAUUACGGAACAUUCCUGAAGGAUCAAUUGUUAUCGGUUCUGUAAUUGAUCACUGGAAAAUUCUUUAACGUUACGUCUGGGAGUGUUUGCUCUUUUUUCCUCCCCAUUCAUAUCGGAGCUGAAGAAACGGAUUUUCUUCUUUAAUUCUUGAGGAUGAACAAAGACCCUGCAAAUCCAAAGAUGAGUCGUUUUAACAUCGCUCCAGACAUGGACAGCAAUAGUUCCAACAGCGAGUACACAAAUUAUCAAGACUGUCCCACCAAACUCCCCUUCAAUGGAAUACAAUAUAGCGACGUGGAUGCUGAAAGUCAGAACUUCCUGUCUGAUCACUUGGGCAAGAAGAAAUAUGAAGCUGAAUAUAGCCAUGGCUCGGCGUCUUUCGGGAUGUCGGUGUUUAACUUGGGCAAUGCCAUCAUGGGAAGUGGAAUACUGGGACUUGCGUAUGCCAUGGCUAAUACUGGUAUCAUCAUGUUUGUGAUCCUGCUGGUCGCCGUGGCCAUUUUCUCCCUGUACUCAGUCCAUUUGCUGCUCAAAACGGCCAAUGAAGGAGGUUCUCUGGUGUACGAACAGCUGGGGUACAAAGCCUUCGGGAUUCCAGGAAAACUGGCAGCGUCCUGCUCAAUCACCAUGCAGAACUUUGGAGCCAUGGCGAGCUACCUCUACAUCGUGAAGUACGAGCUGCCCAUCGUCAUUAAGGCCUUCUUAGACACCAAUGACAACGCGUGGUACACUAAUGGAGAUUACCUGGUGCUGAUAGUCACCGUCAGCAUCAUACUGCCUCUCUCGCUGCUUAAAAACCUCGGUUAUCUUGGCUACACUAGUGGUUUUUCCUUGUUGUGCAUGGUGUUCUUCGUCAUUGUGGUGAUCUACAAGAAGUUCCAGAUCCCGUGUCCACUACCUGAGAACUUCAUUAACAUCACAGUGAACGCCACUCAGCCACAGGUCAACGCCACUGAAGAGGAAGAAGAGUGCUGCAAACCCAAGUACUUCGUCUUUAACUCACAGACUGUGUAUGCGGUGCCCAUUUUGACGUUUGCGUUUGUGUGCCACCCGGCUAUCCUGCCCAUGUACGAUGAGCUCAAAGAUCGCUCCCGAAAGAAGAUGCAGAAUGUUGCAAACGUGUCGUUCCUGGGAAUGUUUAUCAUGUAUCUGUUGGCGGCACUGUUCGGAUACCUGACCUUCAACGAGGCCGUCGAACCCGAGCUUCUGCACACUUACUCAAAGGUCUACAGUUUCGACGUGGUGCUUCUGAUCGUGCGCUUCGCCGUCCUGACCGCCGUGACGCUCACCGUGCCCGUGGUUCUCUUCCCAAUCCGCACCUCAGUCAACCAGCUGCUCGGAGCCUCCAAAGACUUCAGCUGGCCUCGCCACAUCGGCAUCACCGUCGGCCUGCUCGUGUGCGUCAACAUCCUCGUCAUCUUCGUGCCCACCAUCAGGGACAUCUUCGGCUUCAUCGGGGCGUCCGCUGCGGCGAUGCUGAUCUUCAUCCUCCCUUCAGCCUUCUACAUCCGACUGGUGGAGAAGGAGUCCAUGAGAUCAGUGCAGAAGAUCGGGGCGUUGCUGUUCCUCAUCAUGGGAGUCGUGGUGAUGAUCUGCAGCAUGACUUUGAUCGUCCUGGACUGGAUCCACAACGCAGGCUCUUCAGACGACCACGCCGACGGCCACUAGUGGGCGUGUCCUAACGCUAAUUGACAUGCAGAAGGGGCGGGGCCUCUCCGCUGACCUGCAACUGAGAACUAGAAGAAGCUGCUCUAAUAUCAGCGCAGAGCAAAACACAAACAUCCCAUUCUGAGAGAAUGUCCUGAACUUUGUACAGUAUCCUGUUAGGCCACACAGAUGGUGAUCCACUCGUAUUGUUGCGCUUCUUUUUCCGUUUUUUUGUCGAUUUGCAUUUCCUAUUGUGUUAAGUUUCUGCGGUACGUCAGGUUUAGUACUCGCAAACCAAAACCAGUCAGCGAACGGAGACGCGUGUUGUGUUCGACGUCCGUUUGUACCUUUGCCAAAAAUAUCGGUGUUUGUAUGUGGAAAAGCACUUAAACUGUUGUUUUUGCUUUAAACGCAUUUGUCACGAUGCCAUUGAUACUGUAACACUUGAGUCACCUUUACCUGUCGUGUAGAUCUACUCAUGAACAAUUAUUGAUCGCUAGGUGGUUGUGGAACGGCUGUAUGGAUUUACCGUAACUUAUUUAAACCCAGACGACAGCGAAGGGUGAAACUACACGAUCUACACUGCGAAACGCGACGCUCUUCCUCAGUGUUUCUGUCUUGUUUUACAGUACAAACAUCUCAACGUUCUUAGAUCAAGACGCAUUUACUGAUAUUCAGAGCUUCAGAUAGUCUCUUGUUUACUGAAAAUGAUUGAUUUGCAUCAAUAUCUGCCAGUGAGGUCAGAAAAAUAAUUCUUUUCUGACCCUUCUGGGUGAUAUUUGUUCUUGUUUUAAGCACAAACUCACUUCAUUUUGACAUAUUUUCCAUUACAUAAAGCCAUGGAAAAUCGUGUCGUUUUGCUUCUCCGCUAAAUGUUUAUCGAAACGUUCUCAAGACAAAAAUACUGAUUAAAAUAUAUAUUUUUUGCAGUGUAACGGUCAACUAUUCAUCAUCGCACGUUCUCUGAAAUCACUGUUCAACUGACGUCACAUCAAAAUGAUGUUUGCGAUAGUCGAAUAACUAUUUAACCACUGUUUUAGACUUUAGUGGGAUAUUCUAAACACUUUUUUAAUAAUCUGAAGGUUACGACAAUAAUAGCCAAUAAUAAAGUUGAAUGUCCUGUUUUAGGGCACAUAACAGACGUAGAAUGAGCCGCUAAAGUGUUUCACGUUGACUUUAAAGCGACUAAACACAGAAUCGAAUGUCUGAAGGUGGUUGGCGAGGGGAAAUGAGGCCGUUCGUUUGUAACUUGACUUGCCAUUUCAGUGUUUGCCAUCGGCAGCUUGAACGAGAGACAGACAGACGGGGAGCGUGUGUCGUCCACUGAUCAGCCGUUAUUAGUGUGAUGAUCUGAUAUGUCUCACACACACACACACACACCUCACCGUGCUUCCAACUAUUCAAACCUCAUGUGUCAUCCAACCUGAUACUCUCUAGCCGUUAUUUAUGGAUAAAACAUCAGUGUAAUUUUAUCUGUUUUACUAUAUUUAUAUAUAUAUUGUAUAUAUGUGUAUAUACCAAAAAAAUUAACUGUAUAUAUGCUUUCAAUUUUUUUUUUCCUUCUUCUUUUGUUAAAAUUUUGCUCAACAAGUGUGAAAUAUGAAAAUGGCUUUAGAUGUCCCUCGGUGUGUGUCGGGGCCCUCUUCAUCUGGCUGUGAAUGUCAAACCGAGCUCAAGAUUCGGCUUGUUGUCGGCCCCGACACACACACACACACUCACACUUACACACACUCACGUACCUUUUACAUCACUACUAAAUGCUGUAGUCGAAGCCGAGAGGGGUGAAGCGCUCCUCAUGUACAAGAGGCCAUUCCUGCGAAUGAUACGCUCUUGUUUCAAUGAAACACUGUAUAUCAUGUAAUUAAUGUCUAUUAAAGGUUGAAAAUAA